AUCGUCGUGCGUAUCGUGCGUAUCGUGCGUGCUGUGAAUAUACGUGGAGACGUGGAGUGUGCGCGAGCGCGUGAGAGAGAGAGAGAGAGAGGGAGAGGGAGACCCACACGGAGGAUUCUCGUGAUAGGAGAGGCAGAGAGAAAGGAAGGAAGAAAGGAGGAGCAUAAAGUCUGUCGUUUGUCGAAGGAGCGAGGCAGGCGGAGCGGAGAGAGGUGGCGGGGGAGACUCGUCGCGUUGUAUACGUAGUGUGUGUGCGUGUGUGUGUGUGUGUGUGCGCGCGCGUGUGUGUGUGUCACACAGUGCCGUCGGUAAGAAAGAGAAGGAGAGGAGGAACGAAGCAGUGUUCUCUCCCGAGCCGAGGCUAGCGAAUAUUCUAUUAUCUAUAUCGCGCUAAUACUUUAUAGCAACGCGUUACUAUCGAUCGCGUUUGCCAUCGUCUCGCCAGUCGCCUCCAACGUUGCUUUUUUUUUUGUCCUCCGUGCCGAUCUCCUCGCGCACCGUCGUGCGGCAGGCGGCUUGCGGACGCCACGAAUUCCGCUUUCCUCUCGCGCCGCAUAAUACACCCCUCUACUACUUGUCUCUACUCUCUCCCUGUAUGUCCUUUUCCCCCCUCCGUUACUCCGUUUUGUCCGUCGCGCUUGUUGUUCCGCCACCUCCUGUCCUCCUCUUCGCCGCGUGUGCGCUUCGCGCGGCGACGGCCGCUCUCUUCGAGUUCAGGCAGUUCGGGGUGCCGGCUGCCGAGGCUCGUUCCGUGAGAAGCGGGAAGGGAGGAAGACGGCGACUGGCGAGGAGGGCAGGCGGCGGCGGCAGCGGCGGCGGGAGGAGGAGGAGGAGUACAGGUGCAGGUGCAUGCAUAUAGACGGCGGUAACGACGACGUACGCGCGAACACGUAGGAGAGCCGGAGAGCACGAGGGGGGGGGGGACAGGAGGGGAGGAAGGUGAAGAAGAAGUCGACGGGACGGGACAGGCGAGGCGAGGCGAGGAGAGGAAAGAGGAGACUGGAGAAGCAGAAAGAAGGAGGAAGCAGGAGGAAGCGGUUAGCGGCGGCGGACGGAGAGUAUACACGCGAACGCGUAGCGGCGGAAAGCGUUAGUCGGCGUGAACGCCAGUGAUCGACGUCCUCGUUCCUUUGCCUCGUGACUCGUGACUCGUGCACGGUCGAAAGUUUCUUUUGUUUAUCGCCGCGCGUGUAGAGUGUCGCACGGGUAAAUCUCGACGAUAAGUCUCCUAUCGAGCAAUCGUGGCAGGAUGGACGACACCGCGGGUCCACCGCGAACGUCGGACGUAGCGUCGGCGAUGGGAAGCGAGAGCGACGACGCCACCACCACUACCACCACCACCACCACCACCUCGAAGAUGCGGACGGUCGACGACGACGACGCGAGUACCGCCCCCGCUCCCGCAUCCACCACCGGCGACGCCGCUGUCGAUCCCGCCGUCGAGUGUCGUGACCUGGGCUCGAUAAGAGCCGCAUCCCCGGGGCCUGCAGCUGCUGCUGUUACUGCUGUUACUACCUCCUGUGCGACGACGUCGACGACGACGCCGCAUCCGCAUCAGCAUCCGCAUCCGCAGCUGCCGCCGGCACCGCAGCCGGGGUGUGGCUGCGUGGCCGCGGCCAACGCGACCACCGCGGUCGACAAGGACGAGAUCACCGUCUGCAUCACGCCGACCACCGGCGGCCAGUUCGAGCUCGCGGUCGACCGCAACGAUACCGUGGAGAAUCUCAAGAAGAUCAUCUCCAAGAAGCUGAAGGUCGCCAAGGAGCGCAUCUGCCUGCUGCAUCGCGAGAGGCAGCUGCGCGAAGGAACGCUCGCGGAAAACGGCCUACAGAACGACAGUCGGCUAACGUUGCUGCCAAGCGUGGAAACCGGAUUGUUGGCGCAACGACCGGAGCAGAGCGUAAUGCAGGCCUUGGAGAGCCUCAAUGAUUCACAGGUGAAUGACUUCUUGUCCGGCAAGGCACCACUUAAUCUUACGAUGCGACUAGGCGAUCACAUGAUGUUAAUCCAGCUGCAGUUGUCUACCGUAACCCCGACAUCGCCGACCGCCAGUCAGGCGAGCUCUGCCAACAGUAACGGCCAUAGUCAUCAUAGCAGCAGCAGCAGCAGCAGCAGCAACAACAGCAGCAACAACAACGUUGCUAGUUUGCCCAAUAGUAGCAAUACCACGAGCAUGUCCAAUCCGUCUGGCGGUCAUUCGUCGUUGCAAACCAGAAGAUGCCUGACGGCCAGAUCACCGGGAAAUAUUGUUAAGCCGCAGAACGCCGCCGGAGCACCGGCUGGCAGAACGUCGCAUCUAAUUAGUAGCCUUGCCAGCGCUCUACACGCAGCCGCCAGCUACAGCAACAGCAGCAGCCUACCUACCGCCAACAUUACCACUACGACCACCAGCCCGGUAUGUUCCAGCCGGGUUACAACAUCCUCUUCGUCCGUCUCGGCGGCACCAAUUAGCCCGGCGCAUUCAUCGUCGUCGUCCAGCAGCAAUUCGGGUCAAUCGCAAUCUACGCGUGGCAAUUCGCAUAGCGUUCCACCUACGAAUGGCAGUUCUUCCAGCGCGUGCCAGCCCUGUCCGCUUUAUCACCACCAUCAUCAUCACGGCCAUCACCACGGUCAUCACCAUGGCCAUCAUCACCACCAUCAUCAUCACCAUCAUCAUCAUCAUUCGAGGAACAAAUCUAGCUUGCCCAACCUCUCCACUUCCUCUUCUCCCUCUUCCUUCAGUUCGGGUUCGUCUCCAAUUCAGGAGCAGUCUGCCUUGGAGCCGAUGUCCUACGACGCGACGCUACCCAGGAAGAAGCUCUGCAGCGGCCACCAUCAUCAUGGCCAGCCAUCAUCUUCCGUUACCACUAGUGGCAUGGACGCCACGAGAAGUCAACACGAGGAAUCUAAUCCACAGAGCCCAACAUGCGCCUCAUCGCUGAUGCUGGAGCAAUCGCCACCCAAGCCCGCCACCCUCGACACUCGAGCGCUCGCCGAGGCGUCUCGGAAUCUUACUCAAAAGCUGAAGCAGCUCUCCUCUGAGGUACUCACCUCGCGGGUCGACCUCGCAGAGGAGAACGCGAGACGCAGGCAAGGCGCAAUAAUAGAGAGUAUGCAUCAUCAUGGCAAAGGCGUGUAUUCCGGCACGUUUAGCGGCACUCUGAACCCAGCCCUCCAGGAUAGACACGGUCGGCCGAAGCGGGACAUUAGCACCAUCAUUCACAUCCUGAAUGACUUGCUCUGCGCGACACCGGCCGCAUCCGCAGGCCACUAUAGGCAUCAUCAUCACAGGCAUUCGCAUACUCGCCAGCAAUCUUCCUUGAUGUCCGCGUCUUCCGCGGGCACUACAACUACCGCGAAUGGAUCUACUUCGUCGGUCGGCUGUCACGAUUCCACACCAGGCUACUCCAGUGAAGAAUUAUCAAAGGAGAACGAGGCAACGAAGGGCAAGAUGCGUCGGCUGCGCUUAGUCAUGGAACAACGUCGUGCUAAGAGAAAAGCCAGGCGACAGGCGCGAGCGGCACCGUAUACCACACAGUGGGCUGCGAUGACUCCCGCCGAUCCGAACCACGAGCCGAACACGUCAACUGCGACCUCGAGCACCACCACCACUACUAACAGCGCGGAGCCGCAGAACGAGCCGGAGCUUCAACCGUGUAGCCCCGAACCGGUCGUAGCUUAAAUACCACGUCACUAACAGUCAAUUCACGGCACAGUAAUAUCUUCUAUAUUCGUAUACAUAGAGUAUGAUUGUCCGUUUUUCGUUUCUACCUAUCGCACUGAUUUAUUCCGAAGGAAGAAAAUGCAGAGUCGAACGUGUUCUAUCGCGCAGUUACACUCGUUCCUUACAACUCUCGUUCCGUGCAACCAAACGCUGCAAAACGUUUUAAACAUUUGAUUCGACACUCGUUCUCGUUGAUACCCCGUACACGGUCUCGAUCAUUACCGUGAAUCCACUGAGUUUCUCUCCGUAUUAUGCAAGUGUCUCGCUUUCUCCGAUUUGCGUUACUUUAUGCAAAUAGACGUAAUCUGCGAGGAUUCACUAGCUGAUGAAUCGGAAGAUGAAUUCAAUCGAACAUCCUUUCCUUUUUGUAUAGCACUCGAAACUAUUCUUCGAAUAACAUUU